UCAUUCCCUGUGUCAUUUCUUCUUGCACCCGCCAAACACCUCGACGAUACUGUCGCCCCCCACGCCACCUUCACCACCCAUUCUUGUCCGUUGACACCUCGAGAGAUGGGGGACGAUGUGGAGCGUAUGCAAGCAGCCUCUGGCCCUUCGACGCAAUACUCGCCCUCCUAUCAUCUCGCUGCCCUGGCCUCCGCUGCUGCAGACUCACGCGUUGGCCACGACAAUGAUGGCGACGAUGACGAUGACGAUGAGCUGCUCAAUCACAUCGUUGGAGGCUCUUCCUCCGAGUCGACUGUCUUGAGGCACCUGAGGUCUAAUUUGGCACGACCAACAGACUUGUACGAUGAGGCUAGGCCUGGCAGAACAGUCACACAGGAAGCAGAGGGGCCUACCGAGCUGGCUUGGCAGGGCAAGAGAUUGGUAUGGAGUAGAGGCUGCCAGGUCAUCAGAAGCUACUCUUACCCAGAAGCCGUGGUACACGCCUGCUGGUCAUGGCUUGACAAGUACGGACCGAGAUUGCCUUCGACCUCGACUUCACGCUCAGGAAUCAGCAAUCCUCGCAGGCGGCAGAGCUCCGGCGACUCUCACGAGCUCUUCUCUCCUUCGCAGCGGGCCUUUGUCGCAGAGCUCAACGGCGGAGCCGCAGAAGAAGCUCGUCGCUUCCCUCCUCGACAGCAAGGCAUCGAACGUGCGCUGAUUGCCGUCUUGCAGACGGCAAUCAUCGUAUACUAUCCGCGCCUGGGCGAAGAAUACAGCAUACCAAAAGGCUUCAAGCUACAGCGGGCUCUCCCUACCUCUCUGGGAGUUCUACUUCAGCGUACAGCGGGGGAAGAAGACUGGAGACGUUGGCGCAAUCCAGAUGCAUCGGUGAGCAGCGAUCGGCGCGAAGCUCGUCUGCCAACGCUCUUUUAUCUUGAGCACCACUUCUCAGAAGUGAUACCCAUCGCACUGGUUGAGAAGCUCUUGUGGCCCAAGGACGGCUCAGCGGCAGCCUACGGCGUAGCUCAGGACUACCGCAAUGUAGAUGAGCACAUCAUCUUUGCCUCGUCUUCCCUGUCCAGAAGCUCGCCGACGAAGCAACAGUAUUCGAUCGUCGUUACUUCCGACGUCAGGACGAGCAAGUUGCGAUUAUACGCUUUCUCGGCCGCGUGUGAGGGAUGGAAAGGUCCACUUCCGUCCAACUUGACUGCUGAGCAAUCUGAGCAAGGCAAGACUGAAGAGACCGACCGCGAAGUGCGUCGCCCGACGAGCAAUGGAAGGCCUUCUAUGUUGCGACAUGAUAGCUGGACUGCGAGAGGCCCAUCAGCGGCCUUGCCACGUCGCUCCACAAGACUCUCUAGCGCAUCCACGCCUGCACGAGAGCAGUUGUCUACUCGGCAGACUCCAAUGACUCGCCGCAGGAGCUCCAAAUUCCCUUCUGCCGCCGACAAGAGCAAUCUCAACAUGGCUCGAAUUGAUGAAUCGUUCACCGGUCCUGCUUAUGCCAUCAGUGCGGCAGCCGGUCCUUUGGCAUCCGUACCAGCUCAAUCAGAACGAAUAGACGAUGCAGCUGAAGCUGAGGAGAUGGGCCAAAUUGUGGAAGGGCUGGCAGGGAGAAGCAGUAAAGGCUCUGCAGCGACUGCAGAGAACAGCAGAGCUGGCGAAAGUCGCCGGAUCUCGGGCAGUGUCGUCAAACAGAAGCGCAACAGCCAGAUGGCCCGCACGCCAUACGUUCCACGGACUCACACACGCGUCACAAGUGCCUCGUUGUCUAGACGAAGAUCAUCGAAAAGCGCACCUCUGGAAGGCGAUGUCGACCAUCAGUCUAUGUACGGACUCGCUAGUGCAAAGUCUCUGGUACCCGACGACUGCGAGAUGGGACAUCUUCGAGAGGGCAAGGCGUACCCCUUCGACGAUGAAGCUGGCCUGGACGACCCCUUCGCCAGAAGACCAGCUUUGCAACUUCUUACAGUCAUCGCCGAUGUGUUCAUGACCCACCCUUCGGAUGCCAACGUGUUCAUCACAUCUUCUCGAGACGACACCUCUACCCUGCUCUAUAUAAGCACUCCGAAGCAGCUGCUAUGUAGGAAAGUCGAUUUCAUAGCUUCAGGCGAUGUCUCGUACCUUGUAUGCUCGGAACCUGCCAACCCAGUAUCGGACCCAUCCCUGAGAGCGGUUUCGAUCGCUGCUACUGGGUCUCAGCAGAAAGACACGCUGAUACUAGACGGCGAAGGUCAUCUUCAGCUUCAAGUCGGCUCGAGUAACAGUCUCCAGACGAUACCGCUUCACUUUGACGAGCGAACUCGUCGGAUCAUGCACUGGGUCUCCGAACAAUCUGCUCCACGAACUCAGUUGCUUCACCUAUUCCGCGACCCAUCACGAAGCGACGUAGUCUGUCUUGUCUGCGAAGGCGGUCAGACUUUCGAAGCUCACCUUGACUUCGCUCCCGCCGAUCCCACUGUUCGAGCUGUACUGACCGCUCUCGAAAUUGCAGUAGGGAAUGGCCUUCUCUACCGUCGAGCAUGGAUCUGCCGCAUGCAUGGCGCCACGCAGCUGUCAGAGUGGGAUGCCCUUACAGAGCUGUUUUUACAGACUGAUCUGGACAACUUGGGUCUAGCAGGACAAAAGGCGGCAGCGUGGACGAGUCUACUGGCUGAAGAGGGUGACGCCUGUAUCGCCCUCCCUCCAACAGCUUCAGGUGCCCGCACAGUUCGUUCGAGAUGCAACGUCUCGCCUAGUCAUACUUCUGCGGUCUUGUCAACUCUCAACGCUGUGGCACAAGACCUACGUCUCGACGUUGCCUUGGCCCCUACCUCCAGUACCCAGCUGGGCACCCUGAUCUUCCAUCUGGCUGUCUGCCACGGAGCCACCUUACUGGCAGAUUAUUGGGGAAGCUUUAUUCCACCUGCUCACCUUGAAAGGUCAGGUCAUGAGCUCAAUUUGACCAUCACACCCUCAUUCCAACCGAAAGAUGUCUUGGAACAGACCUUGAUGGCCGUCUGUGGGCGCUUCGCGAACAAACAAGCUUUCCUGCAGUCGUUCUGCCCGGACGGCAGCCACCUGUCCUCUGCUCGCUUCCUGCCGCGUAUCGCCAAGCUCUUUGAUACACUGACAGAGAGAGCUUUGAGCUCGCAUGACGGGGUAGGUACCGCUCGUUGGCUCACCCACAUCUCUAUGGGACUGAGUGCUUUACCAUGGUGCCUCACCGCCGUACUUCGUCACAAGCUUCGCACGAUCUGCCAAGACCCGCCAACAGGCCUCUCGCCGGCAGCAUAUCGCCUCAUGGGUCGACAGGACCUCGCCAAUUUGAGCUCAGAUCCCGGACAUGAGCAGCACGCCUAUUAUGCAGCCGAAAGCCUUAGAUCACUUCCAACCACUGUCAAGCUCGAUCCUCUUUCUGCGAUGAUCUUUCCGGCCGACAGGAGGCUCCAGGACGUUGCAGAGAUGCUCGUCACCAGCCGGCCGACGGUCAUCCGAGCACCCGUGCGUGCGGACAAGACUGACGCAGAGAAUCGAGAAAGUGGUAUCAUCCGACUUUCCAACGUUGCGGAACGCAUCAAAGCGACGCAAAUCGGUCGCGGCAUGUUCUUGCUGCUCACAAAGCGCUUUGAUGCUACACAGAAGUGGUUCACCCCUCGCAUCAACCUGCGCAUUCACCUGAAACCAGCCCAGUCCUAUGGAUUUGCCGAGCCUCGCAAUGAUUCGGUAGAGCUCGAGUGGCCCGACUUCCACAAUGGGGCUGCAUCGGCUCUGGAGAUGGUCGUCGAUCAAGGUAAAGUGGAUUCGACUUGGUACUUUUCUCAGAGUCAGGGAGAGAGGAGCGCUCGGCAUGCUGGGCUCCUGCUCGGCUUGGGACUGGCAGGAAGAUUUGCAACCAUCGGACAGGUUCACACAUACCGCUACCUAGGCGAUCGACACAAUCUGACGUCUAUUGGACUCUUACUCGGGCUAUCAGCGACUUUUGUUGCGCAGGGCGAUCCGGACGUCAGAGCCUUGCUGGCCUGCCACGUCAAAGCGUUCCUCCCACCACAAUCCGCCAACUUGGCGCAUUCGACGCUAGUCCAGUCCGCCGCUCUCCUCGGUACAGGGCUCCUCUUCCUAGGAGCGGACGUGAGCCACAUCGCGGAGGCUCUGUGCGAUCAGAUCGGCGCUCAGGUCAUUGAGACGACGGACGCUCAGACCUUUUGUCGGGAGGCGUAUUCCCUCUCUGCAGCUCUCGGUCUGGGACUUGUCAUGCUCGGACGUGGGCGCAGGCAAGGUAUGAAGGCUGCAAGGGACCGCCGCAUUCUGUCCAAGUUGGAACGACUUAUUGUGGGGCCAGUGGAAGAGCUAUUCGGGGAGACCCUGGGAGAUCCUACUUGGCGCGUCGAUCUAAGAAUUACUGCAUCCCCUGCUGCUAUCGCCUAUGCGCUGCUCUUCCUCAGGAGCAAUGACGAAGUCGCAGCCAGCAAGAUACCGCUGCCGUCCAGCCCUGCAGAGCUCGACAAGCAUCGCCCAGACGUGCUACUCAUCCAUUCGCUCGCUCGCAAUCUGAUCAUGUGGAACACUAUGACGCCAUCUCAAGACUGGUUGCACUCAGUAGUGCCCCAAUUCCUCCGAGGAACGUCGAAGCAGACGAAGCCGUCGUGGUACACUCUUGCUCUCAUCAACAUUGAGAGCGGUGCACUCUUUGCUCUCAGUCUGAAGUAUGCAGGCUCGGCAGACUCAGCCACAAAGAAGCUCCUUCUCGAGAAGUAUCACGAAUGGACCCGUAUCGCCAAAAGUCUUGCCAAGUCCGACUACGAGGACCGCAUUCUACAGGCGGCAGCUCAAGCUUCUGCAGCCGUUGCUGCGACUGGUCUGUCCAUCGUCUUGGCCGGCACAGGUGACAUUGAUUUGUUGAAGCUACUCCGCUUCAAUCAUGGCUUCUCCACAGCACACGAGCCUUAUGGUCAUCAUAUGGCAACUCACAUGGCCUUGGGUGUGCUAUUCCUCGGCGGUGGACGUUUCACCUUCGGCAAUUCAGAUGCUGCCGUUGCUGCUCUACUGAUCGCCUUCUACCCGCGCAUGCCGACCAAAGCUACAGACAACCGUGCACACCUGCAGGCGUAUCGGCACAUGUGGAUGUUAGCUGUCGAGCCGAGGCUGGUGACAACACGAGAGGUGGACUCGGCCGAGGUUGCGCAGGUGCCGAUUACCAUCACAAGGAAAGACGGCUCGACGUACCAAGCCACGACCCCGCACCAGCUUCCUCACCUCGAUCGCAUCAAAGCCAUCUCUGUCAAUUCGGACAGAUACUGGAGCUCUCAAAUCCUUCUCGACAAAGCCUCAGAUCAGUCUGCGAUCUUGAAGAAAGCUAGCAGCUUCUCCGUCAAGAGAAAGGCGGGGCAUUUGAGCCAUGCAGUCGACCCUCAGGGCCAGCGUAGCAUCAUGAAUGCCUCUCUAGCGAAAGAGUCCGAUCAGGUCGGUGUGGAAGUGGCGGGGGUAUUCACUUCGCCAUCAAAUGUGCUGUCGCAGAUGGCAGAGGGCUCGGCCAUCAGUCGCGAGCUCGCGAGGCUGCUUCGACUUCUACCGCACCAGCAGGACGCGAAGGGGCUGUCCAAGUAUCUCCCAGAGGCUCUGGUGGCCUGUCUGCAGCGGGGCCAUCAGAACGAUUUGCCGCUGUACCUCUCGUUGUAUCAGUGCUAUAGUGCGACCAACCUCAGAGACGUCCGACCUACGGACUUGCAAGACUGCCUCUGGCUAGCUCGCUUUGCUUCACAAGCGGUCUCCACAAACGCUGCACAGGCAGACGACACGGGCAACAUCUUGCCCAAGUCUCUGCUCUUGACUGCUCGCCAAAGUCUGCAGAGGCUCGCGCGUGCCAGCGUGGUGCAAGGCGAAGUCCAGGCUAGUCUGAUCAGCUACUUGUGCAGUGCUGAGGACGUCUCGCUGUACGACAUCUGCUCGAAGGACCUAGCGCUGCUGCAUGAAGUGCACAACGCCCUGUGCAUCCUGUCCCCUCUGUCUCUGGGAAAUCUGCGAGAGCUGGUCAGGCUCAUGCGCGCUCUGUUUGCCUCGCUCGUCCAACGCGGUCAGGGUCUGUCAGAGUCGGCCGGCGGCGGUAGUGACGAUAUGGACGCUGCUUUCGAGGUGGUAAAGUCCGUUGGACAAAGCGCGGUCAGCGAGAUGCUGCAGAAGAGGUAUGGGAGCUGGGUGAAAGACGCAGAGUGGGCAGAGGUGGACGAGGUGCUGUUGAGGCUGGUGGUCUUGACCUGAACAAAGGAAUUGCCCAAGGUGAGGGGGUGUCAGGGGCAGAUGUUCAGAGCAAUGUCCCCGACGGGGCGAUGUGGUACAACAAAUGACAUUCCGGAGCGGUGACAGGGAGAGACGACUAUGAUACAAAUGCAAGUAUUGCCAAUGCUAGGAAACCGAGACCAAUGAGUGAAGCGGGUGCUACAAGGUGCUCUUCUGGCGCACUGUUGGCGUAGAUGGCAGCUGACGAAUGGGUCGCCGCCG